AUGACUCUACUCGCCCUAUCCUCCGAGGUGACGUGCUUGCAGGAGAUACAAUCUAAAUUCCCAUCCUCAGGCACAGAUAACAUCGUCUUUGAAGCAGAAUUCCACUCUGACAAGGCGGAUGGGCACCCAGUGGAUUUUUGCGUCGACUCUGACGGUGUGCGACAUGGAAUAUUUUCCAGCUGGAGGGACUCCUCGACUGGGUGCCAGUGUUCCUGUCAAUCAGUGGGAAAUGUCCUGGUUAGCCUUUGUGAUGAAAGCUGUGAACACAUGUUAGGUAAAAUGGAAAAUGACAAUCACAUUUUGCUCUCUCAAAACGAUGAGCCGUUCGCCUCACUUGUGUACAAAGGCGCUGCGUCUAGGCAAACAAGCAAAUCUACACCAAAGGCCGAAAAGGCACCUGAUAAAAGCUGUCGAGAUGAGAACUCAGGGAGUCGGUACCUUGAUGGCCAGUCGUGGAUGUCGAAUGUGCGUCCCUGUGCCAAGUGCUACUGCGUGAACGGAACGGCAGACUGCGAGAGCAGUGUGCUGCACUGCCAGUCAUCGUGUCUGCCUGGACAGAAGUCAGUCAGCACAGGACCGUGCUGCGACCACGUGUGCAUUGGACAACGUACGUUUGGACUUGUGACUGCGCUAAUGCCUAGUGUGAGCUAG